ACAUAAUAUAUCUAUAUUUAUAUAUAAUACUCUAGUAUAGAGUCGACUGACAAGAGUCCUCUAUUCACGCAUACACAAACAGAUACAUACAAACUCCUUCAACAAGCUUUACCAAGUUGCAGUAUGGCCAGUCCAAGCUGUUACGAAAUCUCAAACACUCCCAUCACUGCUCAUUCCUUUAACAAGGACAAGCUUGUGGUGUGCCAAAACUCAACCGAAGCCAUCAUCUACGAACAUGAGCAAGCCGCAUGGAAACAAGAAGCUGUUUUGACUGGUCAUGACAAGGUAAUCACCAGCAUUGACUUUGCUCCCAACACCAACCGUAUUGUUACUUGCUCGCAAGACAGAAACGCCUACGUCUGGACCAACGAACAGGGUACCUGGAAGCCUGGACUUGUGUUACUGCGUAUCAACCGUGCUGCAACUUAUGUCCGCUGGUCUCCUAACGAAGAGAAGUUUGCGGUUGCCAACGGAGCGCGUUGCAUUGCAGUCUGUUACUUUGAUGAGGAUAAUGACUGGUGGGCUAGUAAGCACAUCAAGAAGCCUAUCCGCAGUACUGUUCUUUCGCUUGAUUGGCAUCCCAACAAUGUACUCCUGGCUGCUGGUUCGGCAGACAUGAAGGCACGCGUCUUUUCUUCGUUUAUCAAGGGACUUGACAAGAAGCCUGCACCUACAGUUUGGGGUGACAAGUUACCUUUCAACACAGUUUGUGGAGAGUUUAGUAAUGGUAAGGGUGGUUGGAUUCAUUCAGUGGCCUUUUCUCCUUCGGGUGAUGCAUUGGCAUUUGCUGGUCAUGAUGCAUCGAUCAACAUUGCCUAUGCUAGCCAGGAUGGCAACCACACCCUCUUGACUAUUCCCAACCACACCCUCCCUUUCCGUUCGCUUCUCUGGGCGAACGAGAGCCAGAUCAUUGCUGCUGGAUACGACUGUGCCCCGAUUUUGAUCGAAAACAAGAACAAUGGCUGGAAUAUUGCUGGAUCUUUGGACACUGGACGUAAAAAGGUGUCUCAGGCUGCCUCUGUUCUCAGCAGAUUCAAGUCUAUGGAUUCUCGUGGACAGGCUGAUUCUAGUGACUCUGGCUUGUUGACCACCCACCAAAACACUAUCAAUGAGGUUCGCUUUCAUACAGGUACACGCGAAAAUGUGACACACUUCUCCACAUGUGGUGUUGAUGGCAGAGUUGUGAUUUGGGAGUUUGAUCCUAGUCAGUUGGUAGCUGACAUGGGUGCAUUGAAGGUUUAAAAAAUAAUUGUUAUAAUAAUAAAGACAUUGUCAUUAUUAUAUGCAC